AUGUCUCUCCUGCACUAUUUCUUCUUAGUUUCCAUCAAUGGGUUCUUCUUAGUCCCGGCAUAUGGUGGUGAGUCUGGUGACACAGUGCGAUUCGACCUGAUUCACAAGAAUGACCCUCGUCUCCAGAGAAAGCCUGGUUUGGGGCCACCGACAAACAAUAUGGAACAAAUGAAGCAACAUGUUCACUACGAUUCUCAGCGUGUCCAAAUGAUCUCCCGUGCGAUGAAAAAGAGGAGGAAAGCUGAAGAGACUGCUACCGAUGAUGUAAUAAGAGCUCCAUUCUUCUCUGGGGCAUCGGUUAGGUCAGGCCAUUACCUCAUUCCUCUGAAAGUGGGGACUCCACCCCAGCAGUUGAUUAUGAUCGCAAACACAGCUAGCGAGCUUACAUGGAUGAAAUGUGGAAGUAAUAAAGAUGAAGGGAAGCAGGUGUCUUUCGAUCCAACAAAGUCGUCUUCCUUUCAAACAAUUAAUUGCUCGUCCACGAUGUGUACUCAAGAUCUUGGGGAUUUGUUUGCUUUGGGUAUAUGCCCCAUGCCAGAUAGCCCCUGCAAGUAUGACUACAGUUAUGGAGCUGGGCAGAGUGUGCUAGGCUUCUUUGCCAACGAAACACUGACCCUACAAAUGAAGAGCGGCACGGAGAAAAAAAUGGAACAAUUCCUGGUGGGAUGCAACGAGAUAAUUGAAGGUAUAGAGGAAAAUGACGCUAUCGAUGGUGUAGUCGGGCUGGGAUACAGCAUCUACUCCUUCGCCGUGAGAGGUUCAGAAAGUUUUGGCUACAAGUUCUCAUAUUGCCUGGUUGAUCAUUUCAGCCCCGAGAACGUCCGCAGUUACCUUGUCUUCGGCGAGACUCGACAUCCACCACAUAUGCAGCACACGGAUCUAGUCCUUGGCAAGGUCCUUACGUUCUAUGGUGUGAAUGUGGUUGGCAUCUCACUGGAUGGUGUUAUGUUAGACAUUCCGUCCGAAGUGUGGGAGCUGAGGGAUGAUGGGGGAGGAACCAUUAUUGAUGAAGGUAGCACCUUGACGUUUCUGGCAAUGGAUGCUUACAGGCCUCUGAUGGAUGCUUUGAUUAAGUCUUUGACUAAGUACACCAAGUAUGAGGAUCCUCGUUUCGAGUUCUGCAUCAGCGUGAAACCGGGAGAGUUUAAUGCCACUGAAGUGCCUAAACUCAGAAUCCAUUUCACCGGUGAGGCUCGAAUGGAGCCGCCGGUGAAGAACUAUGUGAUCCAGGUGGAUGAUGGAGUAAGGUGCCUUGGGUUUCAGCCCCUUCCUCCUGAAGGCGGUGUCUCAGUCAUUGGGAACAUAAUGCAGCAAAACAUGUUUUGGGAGUUUGAUUUGAAGACCAGCAGGUUGGGCUUUGCACCCUCCAGCUGCACUGAUGAAUAG